AUGUCCGCCAGUGCUGCCACUCACAGCACCCCGUCCGAGCCGCCCCCUCUGCCCCCGCUGCCCAACCCAUCAACGGGCAGCGCCAACCCUGCCGCCUCGCUCCCCGCCCUCUGGGGCUAUCUCCAGCCCGCCCUCGACCACAUCGUCCGCUCCCCGACGAACAACACCUCCAAAGCCCCCGCCAUCGAGGUCAGCUACCACAUGGGCGUGCACACCGCCGUCUACAACUACUUCACCUCCCAGUCCGAGCAGGCCUCCCCGGGCCCCGCCGUCGCGGGCCUGCGCCCCAUGCCCUCCGACAAGGGCAGGCCGAGCGGCACGGACCUCUACGAGCAGCUCGACCGGUACUACGCCGACACCGCGCGCGAGCUCUUCCUCGGCGCACCCGCGGACGACAGCACCCUCAUCCACUACCUCGUCCCGUGCUUCCACCGCUACUCCGCCGGCGCGCAGAGCGUGAGCCGACUCCUGAACUACGUGAACCGCCAUUACGUCAAGCGCGCCGUGGACGAGGACCGCGGGUGGCUGAGGCUUGCGGACGUGCUCGAUGCCGUCGCGCGUACCAUACAGGAGGACGACACGCGCGAGAAGAUCCAGAGACGGCUCCGUGAGCGUAGGGCGGAGGAGCUCCGCAAGUGGGGGCUCGUCGACGGUGCACGGCCCGCGGAGGUUGCACAGGCUGAGGCGUACGCCGAGGCGGCGAGUCCCCCCGAUCGCGUGGUCCCCCUAACCUCUGUGGCAUAUCGACGGUUUAGGAUGGAAGUGCUGGAGCCCCUGUUGGCGGUGCCGAAGAUGAAUGGAAAGGGGAAGGGUAAGAAGAAGAAGCCCCCGGCGGCGGCUGGGGCGGAUAGGCCUGCGAUGCCCAAGGGGAGGCUUGCGAGGGCGGUGAAGGAGCUGUUGGAGUCGGAGGGCGGAGAUGAGGAGGAGAGGAAGAGGUUGGCGGGGGGAUUGGCGGUUGCGUUGAGGACGUGUGGGAUAAAGGUCGAUCAUCCCCUCCGCAAGAAACUCGACAAGUUCAUACCACCACCUCCCGCUGUAUCCUGA